AGUAAUAGACCAAUGGGUCCACCGACUGGGAUCGAUCCUAGACCGUCCGCGCAUCAAGCGAACGCUUUACCUCUGGGCUACGUCCCGCCGCGGGUAUAACAGAGUGCGUUAAGCACGCUGAAUCAUCGAGCCGGGAAACCUUUGCUGCAUGCAUGAGUUGUUUCCCAUAUCACCCUUCAUAUUUGGUGAGGGGACCACCCGGGCCAUCACAAAAAUGAGGGUGGACAUUCUGAUUCCUGACAAUAAGUGAGAAAUUUGACCUUAUGUAAAAAGUUAACUUGGUGAAAAAAGUGUCCGCUUCUGCUAAUUGGUUGUAAAAUGUUGUUAACCGAGAUACAUUGUUAAUUUUACAUGGUUGAUUAAAAAUGUAAAACUAAUGACUGAAUAUGUAACAAUCACCAUGGUACUGUGGUGCUGUUGUAGUGUGUGGGACGGGACGUAGCCCAGUGGUAAAGCGCUAUCUCGAUGCGCGGUCAGUGUGUGAUCGAUCCCCGUCGGUCAGCCCAUUGGGCUAUUUCUCGUUCCAGCCAGUGCACCACAACUGGUAUAUCAAAGGUUUCAUAAUUUUAAAAUGGAGGGAUGGUCACUUGUGAGAUAAAACGUGCAAUGUAUUGCGUUACGUAAAUGCUGAACGGUCCCUAAACAUGGCAUGCACGGAAUACAUAUACCGUGUGUAAACUGUUGAUCAUCUAGUUUCGAAUGACAAUAGAAGUCACCAAAUGACGUCGUCAGUACAUACAUGCGGAAGAUUUUCGGAGCACCCCAGAUCAGUUGAUCAGACUACACAAGCCCUGCUUACACGGGAAUUACAUCGUCGUUAUAACGAAUCGUGUAUGACACAAUGGCCACCAGAUCGGCUUUGAUGAGAGUUUCUGUUUUCUUGACAAUGUUCUUGUACUGUACAGGUGUGUCCCUGAAUCUUAAAUAUUCCACAGGAGAACAUGAAGUAAAGCUAACGUGCAAAAUCACCGAUGCCCAGGGUUUUACCGGCAAGGUGUUGAUAAUCCAGUCAGCCGGGAACAGCUCUCACGCUCUUGGCAAUUUCACUCAGAUGAAGUCAAAUUGCUCUAGCGUGAUGCACGGGGCCACAGGUCGCUGUGGAGCAGGAACCAAUAGCAUCGACUCGCGUUCAAAGAAAUACAAGGUCUUCACAACACUUGCAAGAGGUCCCGUUGAUUACUACUGUCAAGCGUUCUCUGGUGACGUCAUCUACUUCAGCAAUGCUAUAAAGUACCCAUCGUCAAAUUCAGAUUCAAAUUCCACCUGGUUUGGGCUUGCCACUGUGCCAGGUGUUCCUAUCGGAUACUGUAUAAAGAUGGCUAUCCGGCUGCUAAGAUGCGGAAUCAGACGUUGGCGAGGCAAUGACAUCAAUACUGACUUACUAGACGUCCUUUUUUAACAUUGGCAUUCUGAUACUGUGUUAAAUGCGUAUUUCAGAAUAACUAGUUUUCCCCUAGAAACUGCUGUGUGCCCUCGAUCUCAGUCAGUCCUGUUCCCCUACUCAAUACCAGGCACCGGCUCCCAGCCAGAGCAGGGUUUAACGACUCAGUGUAAGGCCACCUUAAAAAGAAAGAAGGAAAAAGGAGAAGAAUAAAGAUCUGUCCUUUUCAGAGGACACAUCGCCCAAAAAUGCAUGCCACGUGCUCCCCCAGGCGGCCCACUCCAGAUCUAAGGGCCAAAAGGCCCACAAAACUUAGGUUUUGUGUACUUCUCCUCCUUUGCCUUUCAACCUUUCUCCUUCUGUUCCAUCCUAUUUCUACGAAGGUGAUAGAAGGCAACAUAUUCUACGUAGCUGACUCCGUUUGGGUACCAGUGAUUUGAAUGGUCACACAUUUGUACGACACGUGACAGAUAACCCUUGUUGUACUUGUGGGCACCCAGUUGAAGAUGCUGAACAUUUUUGUUUAUGUUUUUGUCCAACAUACGCUGCAGCUCGCAAUACCCAUUUACUGAACUAUUAUAAUUUGAAAUGUCAUACUUUACUAUUUGGAGAUUCUAAUUUAAGUAUCCAAGAUAAUAUCUCUGUAUUUAAAUCUGUUCAGAAUUGUCGUAUUAAUAGUAAGCGUUUCGAGAUCAAUUAACCAUUUAACCAUUCUAACUGUUUGCUAUUUACUCUGUUUCUUCAACACCUUCCUCUCUUAUAUAUAUUAAAGGGGCAUUCCUGAGUUUGCUGCGAUUUUUAAGAUGUUAUCGACUAAAAGAGACUUUUUAACGAUUGUAAUUACAUAUCAAAUAUAUUUUUCUGCAUAAAAUAUUAGUGGC